GAGGAUUAGGCUCUGCAUACCAGGGUUCAUGUCAUGAGAGACUGAUAACAAACCAUUACCAUUUUAAAGUUCCCAAACAUCAUAAAAAUAACUUGUCUCCCAAAAGCCCCCGCUGUUUUAUCAUUAGGCUGAAUUUAAACACAGUAGCCCAACAGUACUGGCACGCCAUCAGACAUCUUGUUUUAAGCACAAUACAAACAAUCAAAAAAUUGGCAAAUUGCAUCCAGAUUUUUUAAAUUAUAUUGAAAAUAUUUUUAAGCCGUUGAAGGUUUUGGGAGUAAAAUUUCUGUUGGUUUAUAAUUUGUAAAUUCAGUGCUAAUACCUCCAAGACCACAAACUGUGAAAGGAAACAAACAUAAUAUCAGAGAACUGUUAAGAAUGAAACAGUACAGAGUCAAAAAUAGCUGAACUGAAGUGUAAAAUAGAAUAGAACACACAACCAAAUAAAUGCUGCGUUCGAGUUACCUCAGAAGUCAGAUGUCCGAGCUGGGGAUGACGUCACACCUGAGUUACCAGCGUUUCAGUUACCAAGUCGGAAGAAAGCAAAAUCAGAGGCGGAAACAGGAUGGCUACAUCUACGAAAGUUAUUUUAGCACUUGCCUUGUCCGAAUACAAGCAAUUGCGAAAAUAACUUUCGUAGAUGUAGCUAUCCUGUUUCUGCCUCCGAUUUUGCUUUUUUCGGACUUGGCGCUGAUAUCUCAGGUGUGACGUCAUUCCCAGCUCGGACAUCUAACUUCUGAGGUAACUGGAACACAGCAAAAGUACAAACAAAGAAGGUAGGAAAUUUUAGGAUAGAAUGAGACAAAAUAGAAUGGAGUGGAAUAGAAUAGAAUAUAAUGAGACCAAACAGAUGAUAAACACAGAACAGAAAAAGACAACAGAAAGGGGCAGAACUGGAGAGAGCAGAGAGUAGAGACAAAUGAACGAAACAGAACAGAGCUACGUAGAAUAGAAUAGAAUAAAGUUGAAUAGAGUCAAAUACAAUAGCACAAAAUAAAAUAGAAUCAGUCCUUUAGGUCAAAGUUUAGGUAGAAAUAACAAGUAUAAGUGUGCACAGGAAAAACUAGUGUCAAAUUUAGGACAAAGGCUGAAUAAAUCCCAAACAACACUAAAUAUUUUGGUUACUUCUACAGUGGCCACAGACGGUGCAGUAACUGUGUUUUCUGUCGUAGAUGGAAGAAGAACUUAUUGACCUCCAAAAGAAGAUGAAGCAAACUGAGGAUGAACUGGACAAAUUUUCUGAGGGCCUGAAAGACGCUCAGGAGAAACUGGAACUGUCUGAGAAGAAAGCUGCAGAUGUGAGUGACAGUCACACACCCACACAGCACAUACUUCUAUAGCACACAGGGGAGGGUUAGGUUUAGUCUCGCUUCAUUUGACUCAAACCUGAAUUGAAACUUACAGUCCUGUGCAAUAAUACUGAAGCAGCUCUGAGGCCAUAGUAAGACUUUGAAUAUCAACAAGAGGCCCCUGCUACUGUCAUUCACCAUGCGGUCUUUUUGCACGAUUGGAACUUCUGAGGCCACUUUUCCUCAGCUGGAUGUUUACCAAGCCUGCACCAGCUGUGGGUUUACUUUGAUCACCGGUGAUGGUUUGGAGCGCUUCAGAGACCGUUACAUUCUUGUGCAGCCACUCCUGAAAGAUAUACCGUACACAUGAAUAAACUGUAACCCCCUCUCUCAAACACACACACGAACACACAGAGUUCACUCAUGUCCUCCACCAGAGCAGCAGAGGUCAACAGACAAGCUGGGCUGUUAUUCUUUAUCGCUGUUAUUUACACCACUUAAACUUAUUCUUACAGUUCUGACAUGAACUCAACGCAGCUUUAAGGAAUUACCACAGUGACUUUGACAACUGUAGCAGUUUUACACACACACAAACUUUAAAGGUAUGGUAUGAUAAACCUGUUAAACUUAUUUUAUAGUGUUUUUAUCGUAGCAUGGAAAACUUCACAUCUUUGAUUGUACAAGCUCCCAGAACUGACGUAUUGAAGUCCACAUACUCCAAUUCUGCACUUUAAGGUAACUGUAUUGGCAGACUCCUCUCCAUGUUGAGAACUUAUCACUGUUUUGACAGGGUUAUGACCAAUCACAAUCAAGUAUUUAGUACAGCCAGGUAAUAAGAUAGGAUUGUAAUACAAGGUGAGAUUUUUAUAGACUGAACUUACCUAGAGUACGAGCAACAACAACAACAACAACAACAACAACAACAACAACAAUGCGCUACUCAAACAUGGACACUUCAGUUUCACAUUCCAGUAUAUUUCUAUUCAACAGAUCUCUGUUGUAUUUUCCCCACAUAAUAUAAACACUCAUACAUCACAUUUAGGGGAAACAUAAAGACACGUCCUAUUAAAUACACACUGGAAUAUGAUUAAAGUAAACAAGAUCCCAAAGCAAAAUACCGAUAACAGAUCCAGUUCAGAACAAAGACGUGAUUAAAGACUAAAUAUUGAAACGACAGCUUAAAAUCUGAAGGUCCAGCGUGCACUUGUCGAUGAUGACGCCACCUUCUUUAACUUUCUGCCGUCUCUGUUUACAACUUGUAUCUUGACCAGACAAUUUGAUGCGUAUAAUACUUAUAUGAGUCUAUGUUUGACAAAGUUGAAUUCAUUUUGAACAAUUUAUUCACAAUUUGGUCCAGAUAAUCCUCUAUUGCACUGAGUACCUUUGAAACUCCUGAUUUUUUCUAUUCAUAACUGUUUUGUACUCCGACAGUUCUGACUUAUGUGACAUUACUUGAGGCAGACAUUACACGAUCCCUUCUAAAGCCACGAAGACUUAAUGCAACUUUUAAAACAUAUUUUGGAAUACAUCCCAAGACCUAUAAACAAAUGUCAAAGUGUAAAAUCUGUGCGGUUCCCUUUAUAAACUUUUAAGGCUGACUUUCCCUGUCAGAGUAUUUCUGCACUGACUGUAAUACUGUUAUUUUUACCUGAGUAAAGAUUCUGCGCACUACUUCCCACAUUACAUUAUUCUAUGUAAAAACUCAAAUGACUUACUUUGCUCUCAUUGAAGGACCGAAACCAACUGUGUAAUCCGUGAGAAAAUGUGUGUUCAUCUAUAAUUUAUUUUAGUUAGCAUAACAUUUGAAAGGUCCGUUUUUACUGUGGUAAUCAGCUGCAAUCUGGAAGGAGAAAGGGUCACAUUCAAGAUUGUUGGCAACACCGCAAACCACAAGGCUGCAUAUCUGUCAGUUGUUGGUCCUCCAGCAUUUUCGCACAGAUGGGUAUUAUUGCACAAGUGCGUGUGUAUUGCGUGUGCGUGUGUCUGCGCGUGAUAGAGAGAGAGAGAGAGAGAAGUAAGAGCGGUGCUCAAAGGAACACAGAGUCUGUCUCAAGAGGCCAAUUAUGUCCAAGAUAAGGCAAAAUACUGAUCAUACCAGUUAAGCAGUGAAAUGCCACUUAAGUAACCACAUCUUAGAGCCCGCUAAGUCAUUCCAAUAAGAUUACGGAGUAAACUGUGCAGGAAGAAGCGUCAGGAAACAAACAGAAAAAAAAAAAAAAACUCUCCCUGUUUCCACAGAGAUGGGGUAUUGUCUAAGCCUUGUGGAGGAUAUCCCAGGGAAACGUAGUGUUGUACAACACAGAGAGAGGGGAAGUGUCUGACAUACAGAUGCUGAGACAUGCUGGAUUACCCUCAUGCUGUGACUAAAUAAACUCUGGGAACUGUUCUGAGCAGCCUUGCAUGUAAAGUGGGUCAAGACGGCCCCUGGAAAUAGUGGUAUUUCAGGUUGUGGUUUGAGCCUGGGAAGGUGCAGCUUCCACUCUCACAUGGGUAGAGAAAACUUAAGAAAUGAAAAUUACAUAUUUUUUGUUUUGAGUUUACUUACAAAUUAGCGUAUAAAAGUUUCUUCUUAUCCAGAUGUUUUAUUUACAGUGAAGUCUCACACUUACAGCGGCAUUUCCAGCCUCUACAGCACUGCUCUACUCUACUUCCUUAAAUUCCUCUCCACAUGUCACUUAUUAGAGGCAGCAGUCAAGUCAUUACACAUCUGAAUUCACGCAGUGAGUAAGACCAGAUUGGAGACCUGGAAAGGAGCUAAGAGAGAAAAUCAGCGAGCCACAGGCCCUAAAGCAAAGCAGUAGUAAUUCAUAAGAAAUCGUUUUUGCACAAGAGAUUAGCAGUGCUGAUAUUUCUGUCAUCGCAGCUCACUGUUGGUUAAGACAAAGGACUAAGAGUCUGACUUAGGAUCGUUGCAUCCUGAAGUCAGAAUUAAGGAUACAGGGGGCUAAAGUUGGCAGGGUCAAAGAGGGUGUCCCUGUAUAUGUUAACACCAUUCACAGCAGUAACAGUUAACUGUUUUAAGGGUAAAGCUGGACAAGGGGGGGCAGAGAAAGCAGAGAGCAGGCAGGGGGGCUAAGGUAUGUGAGGAAUGCAGCUAAGGCAAACAGAAAGCCCCACACUCCUGUGUCUAAUGAAAUCAAUGCCUCCAGCUUUUCCGGUGCAAGGGGGCAAAUCAGACAGAAGGGCUCAAUCAACAGAUGAGUACGAUUGUAAGAGAUUUUCUCUUUCAUAGACGGAUAUAGGGGGAGUGGAUUUUGAGCCAAACUUGAACUGAAGCAUGCAAGCCUUGCAGAGAUUUGCUGCUCCUCUCGCUUGUUGAGAAAACAUGUUUGUUCAUAGGCUGAUCAUGUGAAAGGAAACAGAGAGGGUAAAUACUGGGAGAGCUGACAGAGAAACAUGCAGGAUGAAGCAUUAAUGUGAUUUACACCCACAUAAUAAACAUCGUCUUCAAGCAGGCAGGUGGUGGACGAUGUUUGCAUACUCCUGGUAGAUAAACUCUCAAAGAGUUCACAUAAAAUAAACAUUUACGAUGCAUAUUUAAGACACUUGUUAAAGGUUCACAAACAGAUUUAUGGAGAGGUAACAGAUCUAUAAAUAGCAAAGUAAUAGAACAAUGGAAAUCGUGAAGUUUGAUGUUAAUGCACUCUUGCACUGUGUUUGAAGGAUGAUUUUGUCAUGUCUUUAAUUUUAUAUGUACAUUGAUACAUUUUUUCACGUUUUUCUAGGAUAAGCAAAAAUGAGACUUUGCUUUGAUCCGUAUAAUGAUGAUUUAACAGUCAGUACGGCUUCAAAUAUUUUAAGCAGUUCCUUCUUUAAAAUCAUGCAUAGUCAAGUACAUCCUCCAGAAAACAGAAGUUUAUUGAAAUGUGAAAUUUAUUUUCAUUUUACAAAGACUUCAGCAGUUUUUAAACUCGCAGGAUGACUGAGAGAUAAACUGGAAAUAUUAUAUCGUAUUAUAAAAUAACUGUGAAACCUGGUUCUGCUUACAUUCAGCACCAAAGUUCACACCUCAGAUCUGGAAAAGUUCUAUGAGAAACAUGUACAGACUGUAAACAAAAAUAUCCCUGGAAGAGAAGAAUACACUUAUACAAUAAACAAUGUAGCAAACCAAACAAGAGGCUGGUUAUUGUGACAUGCUGCACAUCCUACACAUCCACAUGCCCUUCUAACUCUGGCCACGCUGAUGUACUAAGUUAAGCCCAUUUCUGUGUUGUUCUUUCUGCAACUAAAUGAAUGCAACUUAUGAUCACCCCAAAGUCAAGAAAACAAAUGAAAUUAACUUAAGAUUUAUUUAGGGUCAAACACUCUGUAACACCGAGUUAGACACCCUGUUGAGAGAUGAGUGUUGCCGACCGCUUGCUUCUCUAGUUAUACCAACUUUAGCAACGACCGCACAAUAGCAAUACACAGCUGUCUGAGGAGCCAAACACGUACAUAUAGGGUCCCAGCCAUAGUACUAGCCACCAAACGUCUUUUUAACUUUGCCUAAUUUCUUCAGCAAAGAGACUAAACACAACUCACCUACUCUCUUCCAGCUGUCGCUUGUUUGUAGUAAGACCUCUGAGCAGUCUGUUAUGGACUGCAGCGGGGUGACGCAGCUCAAGGAAGAACAUUUAUGAUCAUUUCUUCAUGGAAAUGCAAUCAGACCGAGACACUAAGGCAGAAGAACUACUGCGUCUGCAGAACAAAAUGAUUAAUAUGAUGAUUAUUACUUCAAGGAAAUGAUAAAGAAAUGAUCAUAAAUGUUCUUCCUUGAGCUGCGUCACCCCGCUGCAGCCAAUAAUGGACUAGUCCCAGGUCUCACUACAAACAAACCGUGUAUCGUUAUCCUGUGGUCCUUACUAAAGUUGGUAUAACUAGAGAAGCAAGCAAUCAGCAACAUUCGUAUCUCUAGGGGGUGUCUAACUCGGUGUUACCGUGUGUUCGACCCUAAAUAAUUUUACGCCGGAAUAUCCCUUUAAGCAUUUUCUGUGUAUAUUCCAAAGCCUGUAUUACUUUGACACCAAUCCAACGCUGAUUAAAUCUUACACCUCAUUUAAGAGUUUUUAGCUGAAGUCUGUGCCAUAGCAUGACUGGUGAUGAAUUUCUGCCUUUUAACAGAACAAUAACACAACCCUGAAAGGACUUGGCUGUGAUAUUGAGGAUUUGCUUAAUUAGGUCACUACAAAGGGCCAGACACAGACAAACCUCAAUAAAACGUGGGAUUUGUUCCAAUUUUCACUCAUCAGAUAGUGCAUGAUGUAAGAUACAAAACUUUGAAAUUGAAUUUUAAACCUAUAAGUAAGGUUUUCACUGCCAGAACGAGUCGAAGUUUGUGCGUGACACCCAAACUAAGAGCACGACGCCUGUACAAUACCUGAGAGUAAUUCAUCCUGACUUUCCUUUUUCUUCUCCAAGUCUCAUAGCAAUGAUCACAUCGGUCACAGGGAUCAGCUUUUACACAUACACACACACGCGCACACACACUAUACUUACACACACAUUGUGGGACGUAGACCCCGCCCACUCUGACCUCAUCAUCCCGAUCAUCUCUCUCUCUCCUCCUCCGUCAGUCUGGCGCUCUCUGCUCUCUUCUGUCCGCGCAGCUUUUUUAAUCCUCCUCCUGAAUCUCUAAGUGUCCGGACCAAAACCCUGCAACAUUCCUGAGGACUACUUUAUCCACCGCUCAUGAACUUACUAUCAGCCCUGCAUAUCAGAAGAAACACUUGGACAACACCUGAGCACUCUUACUUCCUGGUUAUAUAAGUUUUGUGGCACUUGAACGCCUCUUUUACAUUCCUAAAACGGAGAUUAUUUUCUUUAACAAACGGCGAUAAAAGUCAUUUUUUGUUUUAUAGGCGACCUUUAUCCCGAAGAGACCAAGCAGAGAGCAGAAGUCGACUUGUUUUGCACAACCUAGAUAGUCUUAAUCGUGAUUUUUUUUCCUUUUUUUUACGUGUAGUCUUAAAUUAAGUGACCAAAAACAGUGAACAUGGCAGGUAUGAACUCUCUGGAUGCUGUGAAGAGGAAGAUUCAGAGUUUGCAGCAGCAGGCCGACGACGCAGAGGACCGUGCUCAGGUCCUACAGAGAGAGCUGGACAGCGAACGGGAGCUUCGAGAGAAAGUGAGACAAUCAAAUCUUCUCCUCGAGUUAUUUUCUCUUCGAUAAAACUCUUUCUUUUCCCCGCCAGGUUCACUUUAAUAGUAGUAACUAAGUAAAAUCACUCAUAUUGGUGUCUCCGGGUGUUACAAAGUGUCGUUAGCUCGCUUCAUUGAUUCAUUCGCGGCCGUGAUGGAGGAGCCACAAUGCAAGGCGUUGGUCUUCAAUGAAAAAAGUUUGGAUUCCUGCAGGUCUGUGCGCAUGCGCAGUCUUGACCGAUUUCUAGGCCGCUGGAAACUACAGUGAAAAAUGUAGACCACGUAGACAGCACUGAAUCCACUCUGAAAACUGAAUAUUAUCGGUUAAACCAGCUCUAUCUCUGCCUAUUAGAACAUAUUGUAUUACUUAUCACUCUAUAUUACAGCAUAUUAGCGAUUUAGCUGCUUUCAGUACCGCCAACAUUUGGAUUAAGAGGAUAAUGUUGUGGCUCUGGAGGGAUAUUUACUUUUUCACACUCUUAAUGACUUGCUUAAUGACACUUCAGCAGGGUGGAUGUGUGCCAGAAACAGCAGUGUGGUUUCAGCGCUUUGGCACCUUACUAUACCACCCUGCCUCUGAGGUUGAUGGGAAAAUAAGGACCUAAAAGUAGGAUGUCUACUCUGUCAUUAUGGAGUCCUAAGGAUAGUCUGGAAAAUAUGCCACCUUCAGCUAGACUCCAGGGAUUAGUCAUUCAACAGAAAAUAAAUAGGAAAAUAUGUUCAUCAUGAGUAUGAUUGCUUUUUAAAGGAAAAUCUGCUCUAAGAGUUACUUUAGAAGAACCAUUUUAUGUUGUAUUGUGUUAUCCUAAGACAGGGGUCACCAAAUAUAUUUGUCAGAGGGUCAGAAUUUUACCGGACAGUCACCUUGGGGGCCGGACCCUCAAAUAAAAAUCAAAUAAAAAUCAGAUUUUGGCGUAGCAUUAUUAUUUGAUGUUUAUUGUUUAUAAAACCGAAGGCAUUUUUAGCCUUUAUGAGUCAGGCUCCUAUCACCUAUAGCCCAUUUCAGCAUUGUGAUUUGACUUUGAUGUGUGAACAUUAUUUGUGACCUGUUUUGUUCUGGUAUCAGGUUAUUUAUCAUGCUAUUUUAGGUUAUGCCAGUUGGUUUUUCCUCCUCUUUUGUCAUGAGAAGUCUACUAGUUUGAAGUGUGUUGUUGAGAUUUUGGAAUAAAAACUAAAUGUUAAGUAAGGGCAUGAGGGUACAGCUAGUCUGUCCUCAUUUCAGAAUGUAUAGAGUCAUAAAUGGUGGGGUUGUUGCUGUUCUCAGUUGCUUUAAUAGUGUGGACCACAUGAUAUUUUCUCUUUGAUCCUCAUGAUUAUGGACUCCAGUCACGGGCCAGUUGAUGAUCACUGUCCUAUGAUAUAGAGAUUUUGCAGUGCUGAGGUGUGUGUUGGAAACUCUGAUGGACUUACUGCCAUUUUCUAACAGUCAAUCAUCAGAGGAGUCGACAGUUCUUGUUUGCAGCCCUGCUUUCAUGACUUGUGCGUAUUAAUACUUCAGCUAACAGUAACAGCAGCAGUUGCACAACUUUAACUGUAAUAAUCACAAGUCAUCGCUGAAGUUACACAAGUGAGUAGUUUCUCAAAGUUAGACUCAUGGAUGUGUUGAAAUAGGCUCAUCGUUGGGUAUUCGCCCAGCUCUGUCACCUGCUUGUCUCUUGACUUGGCCCACAUCACAGUGUUGUAGCUUCACACAGAAAAGGUAGAGAUGGAAAAAAAAGGCUCAGCAGCACAGUUAGAUAACAGUCUUGACUUGUUUUUCAAGCUGCUUUGUGAUAUAUGGAGCCCUAUCCUUUGCAUAGGAGCAGGUUAAUGACAGGAGAAGCCGACAGAUUGAAGGGGAGUGGGAGGGGAGGGAGUGUCUGUAAAGAUAUGGAGCUGACAUGAUGAAAGGAGCAGAGAUGCUGCAGGACUUACCCCUUUGUUACAGACUAAUUAUAAGAUAACACUACAUUUUCCAAUUGACAUAGCUUUUUGACAACAGUGACACAGGUUGUGUUUGCAGUAUUGGCCAUAAUGAAUUAACUUGACAAGUGUGAAGUCAUGGUUUUCUGUUUGCUGCCAGAGCACAGUGACAUGAUGUGUUAAAAUAUUACAAUUCAUGUGGUGACCUGUUCCUUACACUCCUGCAGUGGCUUUCUGAUGUCCAACCUCCACAAAUGUACAAUUUUGUACGAUUUCUGACACGCACAAGAACAGCAACUGCUUCUUGUUGCAGCAAAUGAAAAUAAUUUGAAGUCAAACCUUAUUUUGGCUGGUGAAAUAUGUGUGAAAUCCUCUGAAAAACAUGGCACGCUGUAAAAAGUAAUGGCAUAAACUUAAUUUCAGGAUAAAGUGCACUGAACUUGAAUAGAUUAGUGUGCAUAAAUGCUCAAUGGUACGAUUGGUAUUGUGGAUUUGUUGUCACCUUUUAAACAGCUUCUCCAAGAGAACAGUUCCCUUUGACACACAUUUACCCCUCCAUGUGUAUUCAGAGUCAAACAGAGCGGCGUGUUUGUGCUCUGGGCUUGGUGUGGUCCCAUAUGUGAAUAAUUAAGGCGACCUAGAGUUGUACCUAGGCACAAACACUCUUUCACUGGAGAACAGGGAGAUGCCUGCUGAGUUUGUUUGAGUGACGAAUUGUGCUGUGGAAAUGUGGGGGCAUCAUCAGAAGAAACAUUUGGCCACUUUUCUCACUUGAAAGUAAAAUUAAUUCCUUCAUCAUAUUCCUGGUGUGGUUUUAACGCCUCUAGAGACGUUACUCAACCGCUCAAUAAUGCUUUAAGCCUAUGUCAGAUCACACAGACAUGACACAGCUCUAAAAUGUUCCUUUGAGCUGCUAAGAUGUGUUUUAUUGCAACCAUUAUUUGUAACAGGCUGCCUCUUCUUUAGAUUGUUCAAACCAUUUUCUUUUUUGGUGUCAAGUUGAAGAGUUGAGAGACUCUGGACAAGAAGAUAAUUUGGGCUAUUACUGACCUCAUGAGAUGAGAGAGAAACACUCAAACUAGAUUGCUGUGCUUUUAGUCUCCAUUUCCUCUUUGAAAGUUGAAGUUUGCUUUAGAUAACAUACCGUUGACAUGGUGAUAAUUGAUGUUUACCGCAGAGUGUGCAGAAACAAAGAGUGUAGCAUAGAAAACUACUAUGCAAAACUAGAUGAAAAGGGAAGUAGGACAACCUGCCACUGGGUUUCAGUGUUUGCAGGCAGAACCUCCCAGCUGCCCCUCCCAGGAUAUUGUCUGCCGGCUCUGGUCCGGCACUUCCUCUGCUUCUACUCCCAAAACUUCCUGUCCUGGAGCUCCAGCCCUGAUCAACAGGAAGAUUAUUGUGUGUUGUAGACUCACAGUUUCAACCUAUGUUUAUGUGAAUUCCAGUCAGGAGUGUCCCACAUCGGUGAAAGUUUUACCAACUUUUAUCCUGCAUAAUUAUGGCAUUUACAUUGACAUUGUUAGCCACACUGUUAGACAAGUGUUGAGUAAAUGAAGGCCUCUUUUCUGUCGCAUUUACACCUCAUUUUGAAGGUAAUCAAAGGAAAUUAUCGAGCAGAACUCCCCGCAGCUUGUCACUCUGCCAAAAUGAGCUUGAGGUAUCAUCUGUUUGCGGCUCAGUGUGGUCAGUGGGUUUGAAGGAUUUCUGCUGGGCCAGUGGAAAGACCUGCUUCCUGGUUUUGCUGUUUUCUCUGGACUCUCUCCCUGGGAAUAGCUCAACUUUCCAAAUAUAACUGCCACAUGUUUAACGGUUUUGGCGGUGUUACCGUUCUGGGGAAAACUCCCAUGUUAGUGGCUUGAGGUCUGAGCUGAUUAUGUAGGCCAAGGUUGCAGGUUCCAGUUCAAGCAAGGAGUGCAUUGUAUUUGUGCAGUGUGGGCUGGAAAUGGUAAAUUUGCCUUUGAAUGGCAUUUCAAGAAUGGACACAGUCUGAUGAGAACAUACUUUGAGGUUAUAUCUAACAUUAAGGUAUUUAGAUCUCAUAGAUGCAUGGAGGGGUUAAAUGCAUACCUCUCUCAAUGUUUGUUUGUCGCAAAAGUUUUUUACUUGUUCUUCUAAAACUGCACAAUGAAAAUAUUAUCAAUUUGACCUUUCCAAAUUUCACUGUUAGAGUUAUUAGCUGGAAGUUUGCCUUAUGUUUAAGCCAACUGCUGGUUCAGACAUCAGAGAAAUUUAAGGCUUAUGCUGCUGUCCAAAAAUCCCAUUAUAAAUUCUUUAAAUAAACAAAACAGAUGGAAACUUUUUUGCAUGAGUUCGCAUUUUGUGUCAAAUGAAAGAGCCUGAUGCCAGACUAUAGCUCAAGACCAAGUUUAGAAGUCUGAGAACGUACAUAAUGUAGUAACAGCAAAUUCGAUCAAGCGAAGAAAGAGCUCAUUGUGGUGCUUCUCUAGGCGUUUACAUACGUCUUUUACAUAUCAUAUCUCAUAACAAGUUGGCCUUAACUGUACUCCGAUGUCUUUGCAUGCCAGAUCUUUGUAGAAAAAGAUACCACAGACACACAUUCACAGUGAAAAUAGCAUGCAGCAGUGUCAGGAAUAACUUCCCCUGAACCCCAACAGCAUUGUGCAGCUCAUUAGCCCACUGCCCUAAAAUCAGCCAGUAAUUAGAUUCCUCCUUUACUCGUCCUUGAUCCUGUUAUUACACGUUAUAUUCUCAGGUACUUAAGUUUCUCCCAGUAGAAGUGUGCUGUAUCUUCAUGUCACACUGCAGACUGUUUAAUAAAUAGAGUCUUAAUAAGUUUGUUUCGUCAACCACUAAUGGGGAAUGGAAAAAUGGAAGUGCACUAAGUCAUCCUUUUUUUACAGCUUAUUUUUGUGCAAUUAUUUAUGCUGCUAAAAAUGGAGCUGAGAGUCUCAACAUCAAUUUUUUAAGGAAUAGAGCAAAACUUAGAGGAAGUGCACUUUUUGGUGUUUGGUAACAAUGUAAGAUGAUAGACGGGUCUUUUCGUGUCUGUUUAAAGGUCGCUUAUUAACUCUGAAGAACCUACAAAACUUACUGAAUAAGUUGUUUUGUUGUUUUUAUCACAUUUGAUCACAAAGUGUGAAAAAGUUCUGUUUUUAUUGGUUGUGUUGUCACCGAUCUGACAGCGAGAGAAUCUGGGAGGUGGCUACGUCUCUUCAAGAUUAUUUUGUCACCUUUUUAAUGAAGUCCACUUGUUUGAAUUCAGAUAAUGUCCUGAUCUAACCAGUAACACAAUAUAACAGGCAUAUUUCUGGGGUUUAGAUCUGCUAGUAGUUGGGUUUUGCUAGUUUUCAAAUAAUGCUAGUUCCACUUGAGCUAAGCUAACAGUCUGAUGACUGUAGCUUCUGUUAUUAUUAACUAUACAGACAGAGCAGUGAGUGAUAUUAAUCUUCUCUUAAAGCUUGCAAGUGAGGAAAUAAUCAUAAAAUCUCCAAAAUGUGGAUACUUGUGCCUUUUUCAACCAUGACUGUCCUUCAGCAAGAUUUGGUGGAGUACAACCCACCUCUCCUGCAGCACUAAUGUUAAAUAUUAAGCCAGCUGGAUAACCAACCAGCUACUUGUUGUCCAGUAUUUUACUUACAUGCACACAGUAUAAGUACACGUGUCUGUGUAUGUGUGUCUCGCUGCUUUAAUCUUCCUGAUACUUGACCACAAACAUUCUCUGUAGUUUGUUUUACCAUAUAAGGCGGUGUGCGUCCCUGGCAGCCAAAGAAUGCUCAGUGGGUGCUACAGAAAGCGGCAUAGCCUCAGACAGCGAGAAUACCAGCUCUGAAAGAAAGAACAAUCAAAAAGGGGAGGAAACAUAAGGAGGUCAGGGCAGCUGACUUCCUGCCAAUCUUUCAAGAUCCUCAUUUGUAGAGUGACGUUGCCAUCUCUUGUUAUAGUAAAGACCGCGAUCCCUCAAUUUACAGUUCUUGUCACCUGUUACUUCUUCAUCCUGCUCACUCGGGGGAUGUUGCUCUCCUGUAAGCACUGAUUGAAAUGAUUUUCCCUAAGCUGCAGAAGUAUUUUCGACAGCACUUUCAGGAUUUACAGGAAAAAUUCUUCUCUUAUGUCGUCAUGGUUGAGUGCAUUAGUGGCAUGAGAGUAUGUGUUGUAUGUUCACAAGCUGUUUUACCAACACAAGGCAGUCUCUGUGCGGAGGGGAUCUCCACCAUGGUGUGAUUGUGAAAAUCUGAUGACAGAUAAGCCAUCAGGUUGAGCAUAAAUGUGAGGGUAGAAUUACUAAAACUAUGGUUGUGUUGGUUUACUCUAAGGGUUUUGUGUCUGUGGGUUGCCUGACAACGCACAUUUUGCAAGGGAGGAAACUCGCUGGUUGCAAGCUGCUAAUUAUGUGUGUGAAUGAGGCAGAGACUGACAGAAUGAGAGUGACCGUUUGCAUGUUUGCACAAAGUUCAUGUGAGUCUGGAACUACACUAUAGCGUCUGAUGUGCCAGUGCUGACUUGAUGCUUAUGAAUGGCUUGUUUGUUUGGGUGCAGACGGUAUUCUUCACAGCACAUUGCUGCACUCAGGGCUUAGAAAGGUAAUGAUAUCUGUUAUUUCAGGCUGCCAUUUGAUUCCAGUCAAUGUUUUUCACCUGCUAGAUGUGGUGCGGACAGAUGCAGACCUUUGUAACCAGCCCGCAGAUGAGAUUUCAAGAUGUUCGACCGAUUUAUGACUUUUGAAUGGUUCUUUGUUGGGGUAGGGGGUUUGCUGUUUUAAAAUGUGUCGGUGCUAGUUGAGCAGACAUUUCCUGUCUCACAUCAACAGCUUCGCUCUGCAGCUCUAGGUGCAGUAGGGCAGGGCCUGGGAGAGGUCAAAAAUCAGAGAGAGAAAGGAGAGAGAGCGGUGGAAAGACUGAGUGCCCAGUCUGCAGACAUUGGAGACGAGAGGGAGAAAAUCUAAAAACUAAAAAAAAAAAAAGGGGGUCUGCACCACCUGCCAGCACACAGGAAAUCACGCUUUCAUUUCCUGAAAUAUUGAGCCUAUGAGAGAAUGGAAGAAUAUGCCACACAGAGGUCUAUUAAUUUUCUGCACAAAUAGAUUGAAUGAACUUUUUCCACUUUGCUCUCUGUCGCUACUUUCUCUCUCACAGUGAGUGUAUCUCCUCAGAUCUGUAGCAGGAUGACUCACAUACCUGUUAACUAAAUUGCAGACACUUUGACUGUUAAACUGACUCUAGGACUGACUUCUGGACUGAAUGACGAGCUAAUGAGUCACUGACCUACUAACUGCAGCCCUGCCACCAAGCAUAGAGUAAUGUCUGUUUGUCUAAGAAAUCCCCAGCUGCUUCAUUUUAGGAACAGAGAGUAAACCUGUGUAAGUAGUCUGGGCUGGGUUGUUACGGUUCAGUUGUGCAGUAAAGUUUGAGCUGCGUGGUUGUAAACUUACAUUUUUACAGUGUGUCGUCUCUUUGUUGCAACAUUUGUGAAAAAAAAAAAAUAGUUGGGCUGCUUUUCAGGUCAAAAGCCGCUCCCCUGGUGGUGGUGGUGCUUGGAUAAACUCUCUGGCCAGCAAAGAGGAAAUGCCUUUAUGGUUGUCUGUUUGCUUUCUUCUUCUUUUCUCUGCCUUUGUUUACUAAGGGCAGAUGAGAAGAAGCCCAUUUGUCCAGCCUACUUGGCCCUCUUCUGCAUGCACAGUCACAGGAAAUUGACUUUUUGUUAAUGUUUCUUUCAAAUCUAAAGUCGGGCAAUCUUCAGAUAUUAAAAGGAUUACACUCUCCAGCCUGAGUCAGAUGUCAGUAGUUGUAUUUAUUACAGGUAGGCCCCACUGCAGUGACCUCCGUUUGUCUCAGUUCCCCUUUUUGUACAUCAGAAUAACCGGACUAUUGAUUUUUUAUCAAACUUGAGCUUCCCCAGAGAAAAUCAAGAAUAGAUUCCAGUGUCUCAUUUGCUCAGAUAACAUUGAGCCUAUUAAAUUUCACUGGCAGUCGGUUUUCUCUUUGCAGAUACAGCUUCACUAUGAUUGUUCACAGGAGUUGGAAUGAGUAUAAAGAAUAGGAGCACAUUAUUGAGUGAUAAGACAUGAAACUUGCUGACAGUCGGGGCAUCACAUUUAUAAACACCAAGAAAUAUUAGGGUUCAGAAAAGUAGUUCUGGAGAGGACGCUUAUGUGGUCAGGACUCUACUUGGCAUAGCUGCCUCAAUUCACCUCCAGUGUGUCCCAUGUUUAGACCAUCGCUGACCAUUUUAUGCAUUUUCCUUGUUAUUUAUGGUCGUCUUCUACUUCCAAUAAACCAGACUAGAGGUUCCCCAACUUUUCAGCCUGCCACCCAGGUAGUUAAAUGUUGCUCACAGCUGUAGACACCCACCAAGAGGUUAAUCCAAAACCAGACGUCAGAAAAACACAAAAGAGCACAACAGCUUCACAUCCAUAAUGCUAUUUUAAAAGAAAAGACUAAAAGGUGUCCUUAUAUUUAGACUGCAGCAAUGACAGGAUGUACAACAUUAAAAAAGCAGAUGGACUAGUAAGUGAGAGUGUGCUUGAGAUCCCUCAGGGGUCCUGACCCUCACUUUGGGAACCACUGAACUCUUCAUCUUUCACUGCUCCUUGCGGACAUGUCUUGAGUGGACUCUCCACACCUGCUCCACAGGUAGCAAAGUGGGAGAGAUGAAAGCUGUUGAAAAACACACAUCAGUGUCAGACAACUCUGAAAAUACACUGCUAAGAUGUUUUGUUUUUUAACAUCUGUCCCUGUCUUUGUUCUGUUUUGUUGUGCACACUUCCCCUCCUUGCUCUGCUCCCUUUUUUGUCUCUCGUUUCACAGCAGAGGAGUGGUAGGAGGGUUGACCAUCGUGGAUGAUUUGAAGUUGAAUAGAUACUUGAAAGAAUGACUAAAUAUCUGUCUUCCUCCCUUUUUUCUUUCCUCUUAGGCGGAGGGUGAUGUAGCAGCUCUAAACCGUAGGAUCCAGCUGGUGGAGGAGGAAUUGGACCGAGCCCAGGAGAGGCUGGCCACAGCACUGCAGAAACUGGAGGAGGCUGAGAAGGCCGCAGAUGAGAGCGAGAGGUCAGUAUACAGCAUGUUUAGUGAGACUCUUAGAUAUCCUUUGAAUCAUAAUUCUGUUUUCAAUGGAUUUGUAGUGAGUUUGAAUAACAUAUUUCUGCCCUUCUCAUUCACUCAAGAGGGAUGAAGGUGAUUGAGAACCGAGCGAUGAAGGACGAAGAGAAAAUGGAAAUUCAGGAGAUGCAGCUGAAGGAGGCAAAACACAUCGCUGAGGAGGCUGACCGUAAAUAUGAGGAGGUGAGACAUCGAAAACAUGACACUGGCACUCCAACAUUUUUAGUCUUCAUCUGUUCUUCCUUGUUUGUUAAAUCAGUUUACUCACAAGUCUGAACCUUUUCUUUCUCAGGUGGCCCGUAAGCUGGUGAUCCUGGAGGGGGACCUUGAGAGAGCAGAGGAGAGGGCUGAGCUCUCAGAAUGGUAAAUACCUGUGAACACAAACACACCACCAAAGACACUGAGACCCUUCAGCUGUUGAAACUCGGCCCAUCUCUUUCUCCUCAGUAAAGCCUGUGACCUGGAGGAGGAGCUGAAAAAUGUGACCAACAACCUGAAGUCCUUAGAAGCCCAGGCUGAAAAGGUGAGAGUGUUGAAUAGCAUUUGAUAAUUAUGCAUGAAAUGACUGGACCCUGGACCAGAAGUAUACGUUUUUAUAGAUGUAUAUUUGCCUUCUGAUAGGACAAAAUAUUUUAAUUUGUUUUCAGUUUAGGCAGGAAACAUCAGCUGUUUGUGCCUUACACUAUUUUUGACCCUUAAUAUGAGGCCUUUUCGAAAGUCUGGCUACAAAAAAACAUAUUGCUGACAAUGCUGACAAUGUUUUAUUCUGCCAGAGGUCUUAUUUUCUAUCCAGGUGAAUUUCUAAAAAUACUCGCUGUUAUUAAGAAAAGCUAAGUCAUUGUAAACAGAGAUUCGUCUGUUGUCUCUACAAAUAUACAAACUAAAUAUAUACAACACAACAGUGAACUAGUCUCCAGGUCUGGCAUCCAGCACAUACUCAUCUCCACCGAACUGCGUCCUGUCAUUUAAGCUGGAUCAGUGGACGGUAAUUUCAGUUAGCUGUGCAUAGUGAGGGAAAACACAUCACCAAAAUAUUGUUUCAAAAUACUCCCAUUGUAAUUUUGUAUCAGCAGGCCUGACUUGCAGCACAACCUCUUAUUUCCACCUCAGUUUCAGUAGAGGAAAAACAAGAACACAUCAAGAAUAUAGAUUUAAACCAUUUAGAGGUGUAGCCCUUAAAAUACAUAAAUGCAAAAUAAUUUAUUGAACACUUUGCCAACAGGGCUGUUUUAAGCAGGUUUGUACAGCUGCGAAAGGUGUUCAAGUAUUCGGGAAGCAGCCUCCAGGAGAAACCUGCAGCAUGUUCUUCCUCUUUGCCGCAUUAAAUUCCUCCCCAGGCACAGACAGGCUGUAUGACAGCAUGCCAGGCUCCCCACAUGACCACGCUCCUUCAACAACACAUGCCUUCGUUUUGUUCAGUCAGGCUUACCAUGCUUGGCAUCACAGCAGCACAGCUUGUUCCCAGGCCAGGCCAACACCUCUCCUCCUUUGUGUCACUACUCACUUAUCGCUCCGCAGAGAGGGAGUGGCAGCUGUAAAAACAAUUAUUACGCUAUUAUGCAUGGAUAAAGGCGGCGAGUGUGUGCUCUUAUAGUUUGUAGGUGAAAGCAUGUACAAGCAUGUGUUGUUAUCUCUGCUUCUAAUUAGGUAAUGUUGUUUCUUCGUGUCUCUGCCAACAGUACUCAGAAAAAGAAGACAAGUACGAGGAGGAGAUUAAAGUUCUGACUGACAAACUGAAGGAGGUAAGUUCAGGAUUUUACUCAACACAGAGCAAAAUGGAAGAAGUCAGCCUCCUGAAUAUCCUUCAUUUUAUAUGAGUGUAAACAUUAAGCAUUGACAAGGUUACAUAUGUGAUGAUAAAAAGACUUGGACAGGAAUUUGAAUUGGGUUGUGGUCAAGGACACUUAGAAUGUAACAUUAUAGAGUUGAUUCAGGUCAGUUCAGGCCAUCCUACUGACAGGAUCUUGAAAGCCUAAUAUUGUGGUAAGUUUACCGCAGCUGUUGUGUAACUCUUGACACACUCUGGUUGCCUCUGUGUUUGUCAGGCUGAAACCCGUGCAGAGUUUGCAGAGCGGUCAGUGGCCAAACUGGAAAAGACCAUUGAUGACCUGGAAGGUAGGAGCUCUGAAACAUUUCAAUGUCGUGAUGCUUUAGAGUUCGAUCUCAUCUUUGAACUUAAAUCUACAUUUUCAUAUGACAAGUUAAACAUGUGUCAAUCAAAAGCAUGGAUGGACUUUAGGAUGCGUCCAGUUUGAGUUUGUUAAUGAACAAAUGAAUAGUUUGGUGAAGUUUCAGGGGCUUACUUUCAACUGUCUUAACACACAUGCACAGAUACACUGAGUUUGACAUAGAUCCAGAAACAGUGUCCUAUUUCAAAAAUACUUUGUGUGGGGGAAAAAAAAAAGCAUUUGCUGCCAGAUGCAUGGAAACUCUAUACCUGAGACAAGCUUAAUGACAGUACUUUGUAUCUGAAGGACGACUACUCAAAGAGGACACAGUGUGCUCCGGUGUGUCUGGGUCAGGAUUGUUUAGCUUUAGAACCACAUGCAGCUGAGUCCCAUUUUGUGUUAAAGCAGUUUGACACAUUCAGGGCAGGGUUGAAAAUCAAAAGCUCAUCCUGCUUUGUGAAGUAUUAGACAUGCAUCACUCUUUCUCGCUCUUAUUCCUGCAGCUUUAAAAUACCUGACCCAUUUUUUUAUUUGUCCUCUCCUUCCUCCCUCUGCUCUUUCCCUCCAUCUUCCUCUCAUUGUUACUCUGCUUUUGGCUUCUUUGUGUUGCUGCUGUCCCCUACACCUGCCUGCUCUUCCUGUUGACCCCUGACCUCCAGAUGAACUGUAUGCUCAGAAGCUGAAGUACAAGGCCAUUAGUGAGGAGCUGGACCAUGCCCUCAAUGACAUGACAUCUCUGUAGAAGCUCUGACAUCCCUCUGUCUCCAUCUCUGCUUCCUACUUUUCCUUUUCUGACUCAAGUUUUGAAUUUUAGGACUCUCCAAAGUAUCUCUGUGAUCAUCUGUGCCUUUGGCCUGUUCUAUUAUGAAUUAAACCAUCAAUUAAAAAUCUUUCCCUUUUUAAUUUCCAGAUUUCUGAUACUGUUUUUUGUUUUUUAUAAAUUGUACAUAGUAAUGAUACAUUUAAAGCACAAUCAGCCAUUUACAAAAAGUGUUUCUAUAUCUGUAAACACCAGCAAGUAUGAGAAGAGGUGAGAUUUUAUUUAGUUUUGGUGUGAUUUAACACAGUUUCUGAUCCUCUUUAACCUGUUUGAGCAAUAUUUUGGUUUUUUUUACUCUAACUUCCUUUCGGUUCCUGAUGUGUAAUCACGCGUGUCCAUAAGGUGAUAUAAAUCAUGUACACUCGGUCGAAUUUAAUACAAGAAAAUCUGAAAGUGUUUAACCUAAUCCUUGGAGAGUUGACAGUCCUCAAGCAUAUAAUAACAGUCAGCAGUUCAUGCAUGAAAGUCACAGUGAUGUGGUUGGAUUUUGCAUGUGGCACAGUUUAACCAAAAUAGAAAUAUGCAAAACAUGUGCUCAUCAGAAUAGCAGGGAAAUACUAAUACUCUGUUUUGAAAUAUUGAUGUUUGAGAAACCUUCAGAUGAGAAUUAUCCCAUAGAUUCGAUAAGUGUUACUUGCCAGUGGCUGGGAUCUCACUGUCACUUUUCUUCCUUUCUCCAGAAAAAUUAUCACAUGCCAAAGAGGAGAACCUGGGCAUGCAUCAAGUCCUGGACCAGACCCUGCUGGAGCUGAACAGCUUAUAAACACACAGAGAGGAAGCUGGAGAGAAUGAGAUCGUUACAUAACAUUCCUCCAAUGUACGACUCCAUUCCACAUUACGGGCUUAAAAAUCUUCCCUAAAUGAAUGGGUAUUAACUUAAUGCUAGUCCCUUAAUGACCUUUGGUUUUUUUCAAAUGCACAUGUUUUUCUUUCUUUUUUUUUUUUUUUUUACAGGGAGUCAUUGUUACCACAUGGCUUCAUUUGAUCUCCAGCCUUAAUUGCAGAAAUUCUCCCCAGAAUAAUAUUUGACCACUUUUUGUUUCAUUUCAUUUUUUUUUUUUACGAAAUGGCAACGCUUACACUCAAAUAAACCUCAGAUUUGGUCAACAAACCCUCAUAAACUGGUUACAUUUCGCAGUUUUUUUUACACAGAGACAAAAGUUUCUCUUCUAUUAAUAGAGCAUACAUUUAAGUUAGAUUCUGCCCCGCCGACAUUAGUGUGGCUCCAAGUGUCACCUAGUGGUGGUAUGAAGUACUCAACAGUUUUUCAGAUCUUUUUAAACCAUAAUAAAGGGCUACAGAAUAGCAGACAGUGGGAUGUCCCACAAUUAUGUCUCAUUACUGAUUAUUUAACUUCAUGGCAGUCUUGUUAGACAGGUGAUUUGUAGGAAAGGUUUCGAUGACAAAAGUAAGUAAGACCGGGCACAUCCUUUCAUUUAGUUGCCUUCUCUGCCGUUCCCAUUAUCCUGCGGCUUACCUAAGAAGAUGCAUCAAUUAUUUAAGUGCAUUUUCUUUCUUUCUUUCUUGGUGUGGGAAUUGUGCAGAACCUGGGAGCUGUGCAUGUACAGUUUCUACAACCUGACAUGCGUAUCAAAGCUGAACUACCUUUCCUAAUGCUCUGCCUGACCGACAGCAGUCUGCAUCAGUGCCAAUGAUAUGCCAUCAUGUAGCCAAUUUAUACUACAUUUACAAUACUUUGUAUUACAUGAGCGAGCUCAACCCCAAACCACUGGAAGCUCAGUCAACUUUUAUCAAACAUGGAUACUUAUUGUAUAUAGUAGAAUAAUGUUAGGUAUGUGAGAAAUUGUAUUUCUUUGAUUCUUUUUUUGUUUCCUUUACACCACUUCUUUUUGCCAAGGGGAACUCUCAAGACCAAAGAACACACAUAACGCAGACAGUAAAUUCUUAAGAUGUUUUAUUUUUGUUUGUGAUGAUGGUCAUCGUGGUUUCAUCUCAUGCCAGGGCCAUGAGACCAUUUUGAGAUAUUUCAUUCACCCGCCCCUCUCUAUGUCAAUCGAAUAAAUGUUUUACAGAAAUUAAACUCGUUUGAGUUUUUUGUACUUUCAGACCACAAUUAUCUGAAAGUUUUCUGACUCAUUAAAAAACACGGAGUGCUUUGUUUUAGCUAUUUAAUCAUGAUGAAUUUCACUGUUCUCUCUGGAAUGAUUGUAGUGCAUAAACUAUCUAAAAGCUUAUCUCGAGCUUUAAAAGCCCCACCCCUGGCCAAUAAGACAAUAUUGGAGGAAAUCCAGUUUCACUCCAGAUCAACGAGGUGCUUAAGGAGAGGUACUAUGUUCUCUCUGAG